UUGGGGGGCAGAGAGAAGCGAGGUUUCCAUUUUGAGGGACGGCGUAGAGUUCGGCUGAAGGAACCUGGCCCAGGCUCUGUGAGGAGGCAAGGUUUUCAGGGGACAGGCCAACCCAGAGGACAGGAUUCCCUGGAGGCCACAGAGGAGCACCAAGGAGAAGAUCUGCCUGUGGGUCUUCAUUGCCCAGCUCCUGCCCACACUCCUGCCUGCUGCCCUGACGAGAGUCAUCAUGUCUCUUGAGCAGAGGAGUCUGCACUGCAAGCCUGAGGAAGCCCUUGAGGCCCAACAAGAGGCCCUGGGCCUGGUGUGUGUGCAGGCUGCCGCCUCCUCCUCCUCUCCUCUGGUCCUGGGCACCCUGGAGGAGGUGCCCACUGCUGGGUCAACAGAUCCUCCCCAGAGUCCUCAGGGAGCCUCCACCUUUCCCACUACCAUCAACUUCACUCGCCAGAGGCAACCCAAUGAGGGUUCCAGCAGCCGUGAAGAGGAGGGGCCAAGCACCUCGCGUAUCCUGGAGUCCUUGUUCCGAGCAGUACUCACUAAGAAGGUGGCUGAUUUGGUUAGUUUUCUGCUCCUCAAAUAUCGAGCCAGGGAGCCAGUCACAAAGGCAGAAAUGCUGGAGAGUGUCAUCAAAGAUUACAAACACUGUUUUCCUGUGAUCUUCGGCAAAGCCUCUGAGUCCUUGCAGCUGGUCUUUGGCAUUGACGUGAAGGAAGCAGACCCCACCGGCCACUCCUAUGUCCUUGUCACCUGCCUAGGUCUCUCCUACGAUGGCCUGCUGGGUGAUAAUCAGAUCAUGCCCAAGACAGGCUUCCUGAUAAUUGUCCUGGUCAUGAUUGCAAUGGAGGGCGGCCAUGCUCCUGAGGAGGAAAUCUGGGAGGAGCUGAGUGUGAUGGAGGUGUAUGAUGGGAGGGAGCACUGUGCCUAUGGGGAGCCCAGGAAGCUGCUCACCCAAGAUUUGGUGCAGGAAAAGUACCUGGAGUACCGGCAGGUGCCGGACAGUGAUCCCGCACGCUAUGAGUUCCUGUGGGGUCCAAGGGCCCUAGCUGAAACCAGCUAUGUGAAAGUCCUUGAGUAUGUGAUCAAGGUCAGUGCAAGAGUUCGCUUUUUCUUCCCAUCCCUGCGUGAAGCAGCUUUGAGACAGGAGGGAGCAGCUUUGAGAGAGGAGGAAGAGGGAGUCUGAGCAUGAGUUGCAGCCAAGGCCAGUGGGAGGGGGACUGGGCCAGUGCACCUUCCAGGGCCACGUCCAGCAGCUUCCCCUGCCUUGUGUGACAUGAGGCCCAUUCUUCACUCUGUUUGAAGAGAGCGGUCAGCGUUCUCAGUAGUAGGUUUCUGUUCUAUUGGGUGACUUGGAGAUUUAUCUUUGUUCUCUUUUGGAAUUGUUCAAAUGUUUUUUUUUAAGGGAUGGUUGAAUGAACUUCAGCAUCCAAGUUUAUGAAUGACAGCAGUCACACAUAGUUCUGUGUAUAUAGUUUAGGGGUAAGAGUCUUGUGUUUUAUUCAGAUUGGGAAAUCCAUUCUAUUUUGUGAAUUGGGAUAAUAACAGCAGUGGAGUAAGUACUUAGAAAUGUGAAAAAUGAGCAGUAAAAUAGAUGAGAUAAAGAACUAAAGAAAUUAAGAGAUAGUCAAUUCUUGCCUUAUACCUCAGUCUAUUCUGUAAAAUUUUUAAAGAUAUAUGCAUACCUGGAUUUCCUUGGCUUCUUUGAGAAUGUAAGAGAAAUUAAAUCUGAAUAAAGAAUUCUUCCUGUU